AACGGCCUCGACUCUUCACUCACGUUCACGCCUCACGGACACUCCUGCCAUGGUUUGAGGCCCUCCGUCCGAUCGCCACGCUUUCCGGCACGAUGAGACUGAGAAUGCAAUGCUCCGGUCCCACGAAGACCCGUCUUGCUGGCGGAUUCCACUACCGCUAUUGGUCGUCCUCGCGAGCAGAGUGACAGACCGUCACGCUAGGUGCACUCAGCUGAUGCCAGUGUAGCAUAAAGGUUGUCGUGGUUCUUACGCGGGUGAUUCUAGGGCUCGUGGUUGCUCUUCUUCCCUUGCUCCAGUGAGCUUUCUCUCCCCCUCCAUUUCAAGCUUUUCUGCAUUUCUAGCUUUUCUCUUUCUCGAUUUCGUUCCGUUUUAGAGUGUUGACAUUGAUUUGAGUAUGGCUGGGUCUACACCUGCUGUUCCAAGCAAUGAUUUGUUGGAAUGGGCUCAAAAAGACAAGCACCGAUUUCUACAUGCUGUGUAUCGUGUUGGUGAUCUUGAUCGUACAAUUAAGUACUACACUGAGUGCUUUGGGAUGAAGCUGUUAAGGAAAAGGGACAUCCCAGAAGAGAAAUACUCAAAUGCCUUUCUUGGUUUUGGCCAAGAAGAUUCUCAUUUUGUUCUUGAGUUAACAUACAAUUAUGGCGUGGAUAGUUAUGACAUUGGAACAGGCUUUGGACAUUUUGCAAUUGCAAGUCAAGAUGUUUACAAAAUGGUUGAAGAAAUACGGGCCAAGGGUGGUAAUAUCACUCGGGAGGCUGGCCCAGUUAAAGGUGGAACAGGUGUCAUUGCCUUUGUCACAGAUCCUGAUGGCUACAGGUUUGAGCUGGUCCAAAGAGGUUCAACUUCUGACCCACUUUGUCUAGUCAUGCUGCGGGUGGGUGAUCUGGAUCGCUCUAUCAAGUUUUAUGAAAAGGCAUUGGGGAUGAAGCCGUUAAGCAAGACUGAUAGGCCUGAAUACAAGUACACUGUAGCUAUGAUGGGGUAUGGAGACGAACAUGAGACAACUGUUCUGGGGUUGACUUAUAACUAUGGUGUGACUGAAUACACGAAAGGAAAUGCAUAUGCGCAGGUUGCUAUUAGUACUGAUGAUGUGUAUAAAAGUGCUGAGUUUGUGAACCUGGUUACACAAGAGCUUGGUGGAAAGAUUACUCGACAACCAGGACCUAUUCCUGGAAUCAACACCAAGAUCACCUCUUUUCUGGAUCCGGAUGGCUGGAAAACGGUCCUGGUCGACAAUGAAGAUUUUCUGAAGGAACUACGGAAGGAAUAGUAAUUUGCUCCUAUGGAGUGGAGUGUUGGCGAAGCCUCGUAGAGCGAAAAUAAAUACUAAUAUCACUUCCUAAUGUUACUGAACCAUGCAUCUGUCAGGGAUCAGCACCUAGAAUUCCAGUUUCUAUGUAAUGUUGUGCUUUCAACUGGGUCUAAAAGCGUAUUUAUUUUGGACAUUUAUUUAAGUUCAUACUUCAGAAUUGGAUCUGUGGAUUUCGGUGGAUUAUAAAAUUACAUUGAAUUCUGUUAAAUCCAUACGUGAAAUUCGUACUCCCAAA